AUGCUGAGCACUUCCAGUAUGGAGAGGAGACCAUGCUGGCAUGGAAGGAGGGCCGACUCUGCUGAUCUCACUGAGGAACACUGCAAACUCUCUGAAGCGGAGCUUGUCAUAUUCCAGGUGAUCUCCUGCAGUACUGUUAAGUGUCUUAGGCUUACGUUGAUGAAGCCAAUUUUCCUAACCUAAUUUUAAGUGUAGAGCCUUUAGUGCUUUUCGGAUGGUGGCUGAAAUGCACCCAUUCCAGGUACUGGUUUUUGACUAGUGUCUCAUCUCUCAGUUUCCUAUGUACUGGUUCACUGUUCCUGCCAUCAUGAAGGGCUGGAUGGACCGGGUGCUCACACUGGGAUUUGCCUACACCUCAGAAAAGAGGUACAGCCAGGGCUUCUUCAAGGUAGGGGAUGCAUGUAGGGCCUAUGUAGAUUAUAUUUUCAACCAGCAAUGAUCAAGAAAUGACUCAGAUUUUGCUCUUACUGUUACGUCAGCUGUUGUUCAAUGACACAGGAGACAUUUACUGCAAUGGGCCUUUUAAUAACACCACAAAUGGUUGGUUAACAUGCUCCUUCAGUGUUCCUCUUCUGUGGUCCACUCAUAUCAAUGUCUCCUCACCUUGUUUCCCUCCAGGACAAGAAAGCCAUGCUGUCCUUCACCACUGGAUCCCAGGAGUCUAUGUUCAGUACCAAUGGUAUCAAUGGAGACAUGAAUGUCACCCUGUGGCCAUUGCAGGUAUGUUAGGCUUGGCUGGCAUGUAGAUUGCUCUACAGUAAUGAGCCUAAGCUUUCAUCUGUUAUCCCCACUAGAUCUUUGCUUUUGACUUUCAGAUUGGCAAGUACUAAUAUUGAUGAAGGAUUGCAUAAUUUGACCAAAUCAAUUAAUGUGUUAAUAUCUACUUGAGCAUGUUUAUUCUCCCCCUGUAGAAUGGCAUCCUGCACUACUGUGGUUUCCAGGUUCUGGCUCCUCAGAUCUUCUGGGCUCCACUCCACAUCCCCGUUGAGGCUCGAGACAGCAUGCUGGAGGCAUGGUGCACACGGCUGCAAGGGCUUCUCGGAGAAAUGCCGCUUACCUUCACCCCCUCGGACAGCUUUGGUGGUGGGCAGGGCUUCCAUCUCAAAGAGGAUGUCCAGGAGAAGCACGCAGCCAAUGAGUUUGGCCUGUCUGUCGGAAUCCACCUGGGCAAGCCGCUCCCACCCAACAGCCAGAUCAAAGCUGGGGUGUGA